GGUAGUCAGUCUCCUUUUAUGCAAAGUCCUGACUCCGAGUUGAGGUCAAUCAGACAGACGAGGAACAGAGACGACCAGCCAUGGGAGCUUUGCUCGCAUUUCGAUUUGCCCUAGUUUUCCUCCUUUUUUCAGUUCUUUCAUUAACGGCUACAUCUUCAUCUGUUUCCGCACAGGACCUUCAGAUUGUCAGCGCAGAACGGAGGAUUGACGUAACAUCUCACAUUGUGAAGGUUUUCUUGACUUUAAAGGUUGAAAAUACCGGGGCAUCUCCUGCUUCAGAAGUCCUCCUUGCCUUCCCACCCACCCAAGUUAAACAUUUAGCAGUGGUCAAAGCAGCAGCAACUGUAGGGAAACGGAAAAAGAAAUCUUAUGUGCCCCUUGAUGUCAGCCCCAAAGUGCUACCUGAUGCACCAAAUGGAGCACAAUUCUUCUCUAUUUCUUUGCGCAAUCCUAUAAAAAAUGGUGAAACUGUGUUGCUGGAAGUGCUUCUUGUGCUAACCCAUGUUCUAAAGCCUUUCCCUGCAGAGAUUGGGCAAUCUGAGUCUCAGUUAGUGUAUUAUCAUGACAGUGCAAUGAUAUUGUCACCUUAUUUUAUUAAAGAGCAGACCACAUAUAUAAAAACACCAAGUACCAAGGUUGAAUCUUUCACAAGUGUAGAACCCACUAACCGUGUGGGUACAGAAAUAAAUUAUGGGCGGUAUGUUGACCGUCAACCAUAUUCGGUUGCUCCAAUAAUUGUUCAUUUUGAAAAUAAUAACCCAUUUGCGGUUGUUGAGGAACUUGUACGUGAAGUCGAAGUAUCUCACUGGGGCAGCCUUCAGGUUAGAGAGCAUUACACACUGGUUCAUGCAGGUGCUCAACACAAGGGCGUCUUUUCAAGGGUUGAAUAUCAAUCAAGGCCAUCUUUUAGUGGUGUUUCUUCAUUUAAGCAUCUUCUUGCAAGACUACCCCCGCGGGUGCACUCUGUUUACUAUCGAGAUGAAAUAGGGAACAUCUCAUCAUCACGUUUACGUACUGAUUCACUGAAGUCUGAACUUGAAAUUGAACCGCGAUAUCCUUUGUUUGGAGGCUGGAAAGCCACUUUUGUUAUCGGAUAUGGGCUUCCGCUGCAAGAUUUCCUCUUUGAGUCAUCUGAUGGAAAGCGCUACCUUAACUUCAGUUUUGGAUGUCCUCUUGCUGAGACUCUAGUUGACAAGUUAACCAUAAAAGUGGUGCUCCCAGAGGGAUCGAAAAAUGCGAAUGCUGUGGUUCCUUUCCUGGUGAAUCAACAUUUUGAGACAAUGUAUUCAUACCUUGAUGUUGUUGGAAGGACCGUGGUGGUUAUUGAAAAGGAAAACGUAGUUCCUGAGCACAACUCUCCUUUCCAGGUUUACUACGACUUCAACCCUAUUUUCAUGCUAGCGGAGCCGCUGAUGUUGACAUCUGCAUUUUUUCUAUUUUUCGUAGCUUGUGUGGCCUACCUAUACAUUGAUCUUUCCAUCCGCAAAUCAUGAAAUCAAACAUCAUAGGGAUAGUUAAGAGAUUAGACCUGGUGCAUCAAGGAAACCCGUUGCCUAGGUGACCUGCAUUGCACUUGGGAGGGUUGCCCUCCGAGCAUCAUAUAAUUGACUUUUUCUUCAUCAAGUUCAGAGCUCAAGAAGCUAUAGUACUUCAAAUUAGCAUUAGAAAGAGAAAAAUUGUCUUCCAACUU